GUUAUGAAUAUAUGGAGACAGCAGUGAGGGAGGCCUGUGUCGGGCUGGAGUCGGGCGACGGUGGUCCGUUCGGAGCGGUCGUUGUUCUCGACGGAAAUGUCGUCGCUACCGGACACAACAUGGUUUUUGCAACGAAUGAUCCUACAAUGCAUGCUGAAGUGGUCGCGAUCAGAAACGCCUGUAAGAAAGUCGGCAAUUAUGACCUGUCCGGUUGUACCCUGUAUACUUCGUGCUACCCCUGUCCGAUGUGUAUGGGAGCGUGUCUGUGGGCCCGUCUCAGUGCCAUCUACUACUGCGCUACAGAUGCAGAGGCAACUACGGCCGGCUUCGACGACAAGCCAUUCCAUGAUUUCCUCAAAAAUCCGCGUUCCGAUGAAAAACGGAAACUGGAACGCCUGAUUGUUGCUGACUACCUCAAACCCUUCAAUCUAUGGAUGAAAAAUGCCAAUAAAAAGAUCUAA